AUGUAACGAAUUCAGUGCAGAAGAUGCGAAGUGUAAUGUCUAGCGAAUUUAAAUUAAUUUAUGUUAACGUGAGUCCUUAAACCGCCACAAACGACGACUGGGAAAUGGUACGUUUAUAUAAGUUAACCUCCAAACGUAAAUAUCGCCAUGUUAAAAAUUUGUAUAAUGCGCUGUAAUUUUAUAAUUGACUUUUAACAGCGACUAGGCAACCCACAUUACAGAGUCCAUUUUUAACUGUUUUCUUCGACGUGUGGUGGUUUUUGAGACGCAGUGAAUGUUGAUAUUUGCUGUUACGCUUUCGUUAUCACUAACGGGGACAAAAACUGGUGCAUAAUUACAAAUUUAACCCUUCAAUUCAAACCCCGCGGUCACAUCUGUCAGGGCGUGUGUGCCACCACCUGGGGAAUUUCUCUUCGUCACGUUGUCAUUUUUCCGAUUUAUUAGGCAAGUCUCCGGUGUGGAGUGUGUCACUCUGUUGAUCGCUAAUUAUUAAUUUUAGUUUGGCUUUUUGUUGUAAUGACUCUAAACCCAACACCUGCAUCACACCGUUCGUCUAACGAUUAACCCACCGUCACACAUGUUUGGAAAAGAAGAUGACAAUUCUAGAAGAGAACGUGAUACCUUUGCGUAGCAAACUACGUCUACUGACGACAAACCCGCCCGCGAAGCAGCUGCUAAAGCGCAAAGGUGCAUUCCAGGAAGCCCCCGUCAGCAAGAAGCUCGAGCUCGACACGAUGCUGAACGGCUACAGGACGGACCAAAGGGGCAACGGGGACGCCGUGCACGACUCCCCAGUCGCCACCUUAUCCAACAUGGGCAACACCUGCUUUCUGAACAGCGUUUUGUACACCCUGCGGUAUGCCCCCACCUUUUUGCAUAACUUGCACCACUUGAUCGGAGAUUUGGCUCUCGUGAGCUCGCGCUUGAGCCAGACCAAGGCGAAGACGUCGUCGCUGGGCCGCAACGUGGGGGCCAUCACGGGCCCGAGUUCUAGGAGCACGAGCAGCAAAGAUUUGUUGUCGUUGGGCACGUCGAACGACAUCAUUCCCAAGUCGAAAGUGCAGAUAGUCACGGAGAAGCUGCACGAGUUGUACAUUACCAUGCACAAUUUGGAGGUGAAGGAGUCGAGCGACGCUUACCAACCUGUUGCGUUGUUGCAGGCGAUCCGAGAGGCGAACUACAUUUUUGAAGGUAACCACCAGCAAGACGCGCACGAGCUGCUUGUUUACUUAUUAGAUAAUAUCAGAGAGACAUGUGACUUAUUAACGCAACAAGUGCAGCAGAACCCUGAUUUGUUGACGGAGACGGAGAUUAUUCCCUCUCCGAAUAGUAGCAAAAUUUGGAAUGUGCGACGAUCGUGGAAGAAAACGCACAAGAAAAAGGAGAAAAGUGCGAAAGAAGCGAUUAAUGAGGAACAGGUUAACGGGUCCAGUGUGACUGAUACUGAAGAUGCGUGUUCUGUGGAUAGCGGCGCAGAUAAUGCGAAGAAAAAGUUAGGUUAUAAUUUCGUGGCUGAAGAUUUCGAGGGUGUGACUUUACGGCGCACUAAAUGUCUGGAGUGUGAGGGUGUAACUGAGCGCAAGGAGCCUUUCUACGAUAUUCCUGUCCCCAUUUCAGUGAAAGACACUGAGCUCGAAGGUGAUAUGUCGAUAAACUCUGCGAGUGAGAUCUACCGCAAGGCUUGUGUGACGAGUGAGAAGCUAUGUGACGCCAAUAAAUACCUUUGUGAGAAGUGUCAGCGAUACAAUGAGGCUAGUCGUGACGUCUUGUUCGAGAAACUGCCCAAUAUAAUGGUUCUACAAUUAAAGCGCUUUACCACGUCUUCCGCUGGAAUCCAGAAGGUAAACACUUAUCUUCCGACUCCUCUGGAGAUGGCUUGUUUUUGCGAGACUUGUUGUAACGUGGAAGAGAACGAAGCACCUCCUCACAGGUACCGUCUCUGUUGCGUUAUCAUGCAUCUGGGGGCUUCCAUGGCUUCAGGUCACUACAUAACGUACGUAAAAGCCUCAGAUCACCUCGAAGAUUACGCGGAAUGUUCGAGGAACAUGCCGAAGGGGAGUCUGUCCGCGAGUAGCAGUGAGAAAUCUCUUAAUUUUUUAAAGUAUUUCAAGCCCAGAACGAUAGGGGGCUCCUUAACCGAUAGUAAGAGUAUUUUGUCCAAGAGUAUGAUGAAUGGUGUACGAAUGUGCAAAAGCAUGGAUUGUUGUGGUGUUAAAAUAAACAAAAAUGUCGUCGAGAACGUCGUUAAUUCGUACCCGAGGAAACACGGACAGGAGUUCUACAACGGUCCGGAGGAUAUGUGGUUGGAGUGCGACGACGAGAGCGUGCGACCAAUCACGAGUCAAGAAUUUAAAGAAGAAUUGUCAUACAAACCCAAUUCGACGUCAACGCCCUACCUGCUAUUCUAUUCCAAAAUUACCGAUGUACCCUUAGAUUAAUCAGUUUUUGGAACACUGUUAGUUAAGAUCAAUUAUUUAGGAAGUACAAAUUCCAUUGACUAACCGAAUGUGAUAUUCAAAUAUUUAUAUAUUUAAAUUCAACUGGAUUCAGUUAUACUCUGUUACGCCACCGUUUUACUUCCUAAAUGAUGUAAUAAUUGUCUCGCAAUAUUGUUUUUGCUUUGGUAAAAAUCAUCUAGUCUCAAAUGUUCGGGGUGUUCUUUUUUCAAAGAUUUAGAAACGUGUUUUUCACAUUAGAAACGUAGAAAUCUGAGUGUGGCAACACAUUUUCCCUGCUUACCUUGACUGAAAUUAUUUUCAGAAGUGUGUGACGGCGUCGCGAAACAGAAGACAAUUUUGUAUUAGCUUUCGAACUAAGUACCUUACCCCGUGUCUUCUCUUUGGCGGCACUAAAUUUUUACACGAAUCGGCUCUAUCGAUAAAUCUAGGACUAAAAGCUAAAUUUAUAUAAUCAAAUGUUGUGAUAACACCAUUGAUUUUGCCUUUGAAAUUGGAAUUUCUCGCGAUUUUUGUAAUGAUCAUUGUUGUGAAACACCCUGUAACAUUGUUCAAUAAAACUAAAGCUUUUGUAAUGUAUAAAUCGAUCGCUUGAAUUUACGGCCGUCUUCAAUCUCUUUUGUAAUUAUUGAAGUAUGUAUAUAAUUGUUAACGAUUACAAAUGAACGUACAAUCAAAUGGAGUCUGAGCGGGUGACCUCGCCGACUUAUAAUUUGAUACAAAGCUACAAAUUGAUGGUAUAUUAGUCCAAGCUGUAUAUUUUAAAUAAUGUGGAUUUACCAUUAGUAUACCGUAAGAAAAGUCCGUUAUAUUUCGUUCGAUUCAAAGUAUAAAUGAGCUAAGUGCUUGAAAAUUUAUAUUUACGCAGUGUUACAGUUUCUGUAUAUUAAGCUGGAUGGUAUCGUUAAAUUAUCGGUGUAUAAACUGUGUAAAUGCGUUGCAAAUUCACACAACAUGAUCAUGCAAUUAUUUGAACUGAUUCCAAUAAUAAUGAAGAAAGUGAACAUUUUGACCAGUAUUAUAAUUUAGAUUAGAUCAGUAGGUAUGACAUGCCUAUAUCAUUAAAUUCGUGAUAUUAGAUAGACAAGAAAUAAUCAACGUGGUAUGGGGGAGGGUCCUCAACAAUAAUCACACCAUUCCUUAUUAUUUUAACAAAGAACAAACAGCUCAUGUAGGGUUUUUGAUUUGUUUGUUUUUAAUUUAAAUACACUCGUUUAACAAUUAAAUAAUCAAAACUAUUAAUGCUGCUUUCUUAAGUACAUGAUUUAUGAAAUAUAUUUUUUGUAGGAUAAUUGUAUUUAAAAGUUAAUUAGUUAAAAUAAAUCUUUGUUUUCAA